AUGAUGACGGAUGGCCUCUUGAGCUCAGAGAAGCCUUUAAAUGGCGAAUCCGAUCUGGCUGGAUACAUCCAUUACUCAUCCGCAUCCGCAUCAUUCAACAAGAUGCUUCUCAGUCGAGCCUCGCUGCUGAGCCUUUUCCUACUACUUACUGGCGCUCGCGCCAACCCAGUCAGCAUCGGCGAGUGGAUCAGCUGUCUCUUUGGACCUACUCGUACCAUCACGUACGACCAAAAUAUCUUCGUGCACACCUACUUCCCCCUCUCGAAGGACACCGGCGAUUCUGUCGUCCGCAUGAUCUGCAGCGAGGGACCCUACGAGGACAAGAUCAUGCCGUCUUUUGUUGGCAGGGUGGAGGUCGAAUGCGCCGCAGGGAGUGGUCUCGUCGAAUUUGACUUCAGCAACGGGAAACGAUCCGCCACGCCGGAGCUGCACGCCCGGGGAAAGUUCGUGGGCAACGGGGGAAAUGACUAUCAUAUCUCUUGUGUUUGA